GUCUAUGACUGCAUUUUAUAUUUUUAGUGCACCACGGAUGGUUGUUCAUGCACUCGCUAAUCUUAUACACGCAAGAGAAGAUGCUUUACGAUUAUUCCUUUGCAUUUUAGCAGGAUACCCGCUAGCCUAUAUUCAUCGAACUAUCAUAGUUUAUAAACCUGCACAUAUACAACAUGCUUUCUUUGUUACUGUCGGCUUAGUUUUGCAUAUCUUCAACUCUGGGUCUGAUGUUUUGCACACACUGCUUGCAAUCGUAUUCGCCUACCUCAUCACAAAUUUCAUGAAAGACAGGGUGGAAAAAAUUGUUGCUGCUCAUACCGUGUUUCUGGGCUACCUCCUUGUGGCAUACUGGUUUGAAGAGUCAGAAAGUUACGACAUUAAUUGGACUACACCGUUUUGUGUGCUUGUACUCCGCUAUAUAGGUCUAGUGAUGGAUGUGUACGACGGAGAGCACAUGGCUACACUGAAACCAGAUCAGAAGAAAACAGCCAUCCAAGAUGUCCCUGGAUUGCUUGAAAUCGCCGCUUUCGGUCUCUUCUACACCGGGACUUUUGCUGGACCUCAAUUUACCUUGAGCAGAUUCCGGUCGGUGGUCAGAGGCGAUUGGUUAGAUGAGAAACGCCAACCCAGAGCAUCAGCCCAGGAUGCCGCAUUGCGCCGUUUUGUCGGUGGAUGUAUAUACAUGGCCAUAAAUCAAUUUGGAUCCGCGUGGCUGCCAGAUUCAUAUUUCAACAGCCCAGGAUUUUAUAGCCAAUCUUUAUUCUGGAAAUGGACAUGGGCCGUUAUUUGGUUCCGAAUAGUCAUCAGUCGAUACUGUGCUAUUUGGAUGAUCGUGGAAGGAGCCUCAAUACUUAAUGGUCUUGGUUACAACGGAAAGGAUCAUAAAGGACGAGAUCGAUGGGAUGGGGUCAGAGACAUUCAUGUUUGGAAAUGGGAACUGGGCAAGGAUUUCACAGACUGCAUCCAAUCAUUCAAUUGUGGGACCAAUACUUGGGCUAAAAAUCAUGUCCUUCGACGGUUACGGUGGUUAGAUAACAAACCGUUGGCACAUUUAGCCACCCUCGCUUAUCUAGCCAUAUGGCACGGUUAUCACCUGGGAUACUUCCUACUCUUUGGUUUGGAAUUCGGUUGCGUGCAUGCUCAGCAGCAGUUAUACAAACUUAUUGAUCGAACUCCUGGUUGGGCGGAGUUGAUUGCAAAGCCACAUGCUCGACCGUUUAUACAGUUAUUUGGACGUAUUGUCACAGCAUACACUAUGGGAUUUGCAUUUUUAACGAUGGGUCUUGUGAAGACAAGAUACUGGAUAGGGCCGGUAAAAUCAAUGUACUUCCUCAUUUAUAUUCUCUACUUCGCUGUGUGGCCAAUAUUGCACCAUUUGCUGUGUACUAUAUUACCAAGGAAGCCGAAAGGUGAAGAGACGAAAUCGAACCAAGAGAAUACUAUUACAGAAAAGAGUACAAUUACGGACAAGAAAACAUCGUAAUCUGUAUAAUUGUAUUACAAAGUUCCUCACAAGUUAUCUUUCUCGAUGGUCUUAUCAUCAUGAUCUCAGAUAGGCCUCUGCUG